AUGCGUCAGAUCGUGGCCCACGUGAGCACAUGGCCAACGGAAAGGCCACGGCCGCCUUUUAAACCUUCAAGGAAAACCCCCGCCUUCAAGACGCCCGAGACUGUCUCCUCCGCGGAUACGUUCGAAGCGGUGCAUGCUGGGCCUUGUAGUUUGGCGAAGGCAGCGCCCGGGUGCUUUCCGCUCCUACUGCUUCGUCAGGCUUCGCAAGGCGAACAAUUAAAAGAAACAACAGCAAGAGCUCAAGAAUUUGAAAAUUCCCGCGGCGGCUGUGAUUUGUUCUCGCGAGAGGUCAGCCUUCCUCCUCCCACACCCCCCCGCUCUCCUCCUGCUUGCCGGUGAGUGAUUGCGGGUGGGGGGGGAGGAAGAGGACGACGACGACGACGAGGCGGCUGCUGCUGCGCAGACAGAUACCGAGCGAGAGCGCGCGCGGCGGCCGGCGACUGAGCAGGCCCAGCGCAGAGAGCCCGCCCGAGGAGGGGCGCACGUUCGCCGGCCUUCCCCAACCGCUGCGGCGGGUGCGAGAGAGGGAGAGAGAUGUCGCCUUUCUGACGGGAGGCCGAGCGGCGGAGGCGGCGGCACCCGCCUGAGCAGCAGGUACCGCCCGCGAAGAGGGAGGCCGGCGGGCGGGCGGGCGGCGGACCAGGCUGGUAGGCCCCGUUUUGGGCCGGGCGGCCUGAGGCGGGCCACCCCCGGGCUGCUUAUGUAAGCGUCUGCGGGUGGUGCACAUGGCUCUGCCGGGCGCUUCAGGCGCCUGCCUUCCCCGGGGAAGCCUCCCUCGCACACGCCCAGCCUCGGAGGCUGACGGGGGCGAGGCCUCUCCUUCGCCCUUUGCCCUCCCGAGCGCGGGGACGCCGAGACGGCCCGUCGGGCUGGGGAAGGCAAGCAAGGCGGCAACUGCAGGCGGGGGGCGGGGGCGGCGGCGUGCUGCUAUCGGGCGCCUUAAGCGAGCGUGGCUGGACGGGGGCGGCGGCCUGAAGGGGCUCUUCCGCCCGACCGCUGCCCGCUGAGGCGAGGGGCUCCCCGGUUCGUGUUCCGCUCGCGGUCCUGUCGCUUUGAACCUGCGCUCUUAAAACUACAACACGGCGAACAUGUGACAGUUCGUGACAAACAACUGAAACGGUGGAGGAACAGCCAUUUUUCCCCCCUCGAGGGCCAUUGCGUCGAGUUAUAAUUUGCUUUCCGAUUCCUGGUUCUGCAGGCUGGGUGGUUUUAAUUUGAGGUGAGGGCACGUGGGCAGCCCGAUUCUGGGUGCAAAGCGAGACUUGAUUGCAAGGAAGCGUGCGUGCCAUUGCAGGCCCUAAUUACUUGGGAGUAAGUACUAUUGAAAUAACCCGGGCUUGGUUCUAACUCGGCAUCAUAGAAUCAUGAUGUUAUUGGGUUGGAAUGGUGUGGUAGAAUCCUGAGUCAGGGUGGAUGUCGCCUCUUAAGGCUGUAGGUUGGAGAUGGCAUUUAUGAAUGGGGACUAGAGAAAACCAUCGUAUGUUCUUUUGUUUCUUGAGUCUUAGUGUGCAAAAGUUGAUCAUUUUAGAGUUGAAUGAUAGAAUGAGAUCUAGAUUUGAGAAGUGGCAGAUGCUGAUGGAUCCCAUAGACAACCAAAUUGUAUCAAUGGAUGGGUAUAGGUGACUGGUAUCUUGCUUUGAAUUCAGUGUUUGAUAAGAACCAUACAGUACCAGAAUACAUUACGCAGAGAACUUCAGCCAUCUUCAUAAACAGUCUUCUCUUGUGAAUGUUUGACUACAAUGUAGAUGUUGUUCAAUAUUGCCAUGAAAUCCAUGUAACUUUUUAGUGCCUGUCUCUUGGUGUGUUUUAAAAACAUGCAUGCUGUAUUUGGCAGGACUAUAGAGAGGUUGGUGUAAAAUAAUACCCCAAAUAAUAAGCGUACUGGGUCCUUAUUUUAUUGUUUACUAUCCUUGAGUUUACUGUAAAAUCGGCUUUCAUUAUUUCAGUUCAGACUUAACUCUGGUCAGGUGUAACUGUUGGGUCCUUGGUUGGGCUUAUUGUGCAUACUUCUAGAUAUGUUUGCUGAUAUAGUGGGAACAAUACUAAUUCUUGGUCCUAACAAAAUAAACUGAUACAACCUGUGUGUGACCUGGUAGAUUCAGUGCCCACUUGGUUUUUUUCUACACUGGGCAAAUACCUCUUUAUUUUAUUUUAUUUUACUAGGCUUCUUUUUAAAAUUGUACUAUUCUGCUCAUAUCUGCUGUACCUUUAUUGCAUGUAUACAACUAAAAUAUAACUUGUUAGGUGCCCUGGAAACAUUUUUAUUUUUUAGAGUAGCCUAUUAAUCAAGGCUGGCGAACCUGUGGCCUGCCAAAUGUUGCUGAACUACAACUCCCAACAUCCUGGACCAUUAGAUCAUUGACUAGAACUGAUGGAAGUUGGAGGAUAAAAAUGUCUGGAGGGCCACAAGUUCCUCACUUACAAUUUUAAUGUAAAAUAAGUAUUUCACUUCAACAAAGAUAUGUCCAUAACUUCAAAUGUUUCAUCUGCAUCAAUCUGAAACAGCUUACUGUGUGUUUCAGUCAAAUGUUUCCUUUAAGUUAGAAGGUGUGCAACAUGUAGAAUCCCGUUGUCUUGCAAUACUUGUCCUGCUCAUUAGCUGGAUGAAAUUGUGAAUCAGUUCAAUAUGAACACUAUGACCACCCUACAUGAACUUCCUGUAUAAAUGUGUUCCUCAUCCCGCUUGUUUUUCUUCUGUACCAGCACUUGGAUCUCUGCUUAUGACUCAUUUAGGGAAGUGCAAUAACCCAGUGGAAAAGAACCUAAGGUAUCUUUAAUGACUAGGUCUCCUGUUCUUUUAAAGUUGCAAAUAAAAAUGAUUUGUAUUGUCAGGCAUUCCUGAGUUGAGCUUUCUUAUCUCCUAGAAGAUGUUGUAGUAAACAUAUUUGAAAGCAUGGCAGCUGAAGAGUUUGAGUCUGUAAACCAGAAAAUGUCUUACCAGUUUGAAGUUUUUACUAUUGGAAAUCAUCAUUGUUCAGUUGUGGUAGUUAGUGUUCAUUAUAGGUUGCGGGAGAAAGCGAGGGAGAUUAUUAUUAUUAUUACUAUAAUUAAAUUUGUAUACCACCCUAUACUUGUGGGUGUUAGGAUCGUUCACAAGAUAAAAACACAAAAUACAUAAUCAAAAUAAAAACAAAACCAACCCAAUAACCCUUCCCCUCCCCCAAGGGCAUUGAAUGUUAAUCAGGCAAAGGCCUGAUUAAGGAGGAGCAUUUUUUCCUUGUGCCAAAAGGUGUAUAAUGAAGGCACCUGGUGAACCUUCCUGGAUUGGAGUUGAAGGAUGAAACUGGGGGUGUGAUUUUGGAACCUGUAAGGUAGUCAUCUAUUUCUACCCUUAGCUGGCAUUGAAAUAUAUUCUAUUUUAUUUAUCAUUUAUUAAAUACGCAUGGCUCCGUAUCAGUAAAUAUUCCCUGGGUAGUUUACAAUUAUGACAAUAUUUUUAAAAAUACUAAUUUUGAUCAACAAAAAGCAAUAAGAUAGCAAAUACUUUCCUUUAUAGGAGACAGCGUAAGUGGUAUGCCACUCAAAUUAAAACCAUGAUAAGCCACAGCAGCUUGAAGUCAAUUUUAAAAUGCAAUUAAGAAGCUUGGUUGAAAAAAAAGGUGUUGACCUUGCAUUGAAAAGACCAUAGAUAAUGUCCCAGCCAAGCUACUUUGGAGAGACUAUUCUGUAAAAGGGUACCACUGCCCUCUGCCUGGUAACCACUUACCUCACUUCACUUGGUGGGUGCACCUGCAGCAGAGCCUGAAGGGGAUUUAGGCAUAUGCAGGAAGAGGCAAUAUCUCAAGUGACCUUGCCUGAAGCUGUUUAGGGCUUUAUGAAUUAAAAUCAGCAUUGGUAGAACUCUUCUAUAAUCAAGUGUCCAGUCCCAGUAAUUUGAACUACCUUCAGUUUCUGUACCAUUUUUAAAGGCAGCCCCACAUAGAAUACAGUGUACCUUGGGUUAAGUACUUAAUUCGUUCCGGAGGUCUGUUCUUAACCUGAAGCACCACUUUAGCUAAUGGGGCCUCCCACUGCUGCCACGCCACCGGAGCACGAUUUCUGUUCUCAUUCUGAAGCAAACUUCUUAACCCGAGGUACCCUUUCUGGGUUAACGGAGUCUGUAACCUGAAGCGUCUGUAAUCUGAAGCGUAUGUAACCCGAGGUAGCACUGUACACUGCAAUAGUCUUACACACAGCGUGAUUGGAAUCAAAAUAGAUGUAAAAAUAUUCUGGGGUGGGGAAGCAGAAAAUUGAUUUUAAAAGAAUGGACAGUUAAUUUAUAGAUGCCUCAUGGACCCCAUUGCAAUGUGAAUAGAAAAGCAACCAGCCCUAAUGCCACAGAUUUCAUGAUUUUUCUGGGCAUUCAUCAAAUUUAACUCCCUACUGCAACUCUAAAAUAUUUUGAAACAACUAAGUAGCUGCUAAAGGAGAACAACUUAUCCAGAACUGAAGAGUGAGAUAUAAAUGCCUUAAAUAAAAAUAGAAAAAUAGUGAACGUUUAACUGUUUCAGAAGGUGGUAGCCUGAAGUCAGAAAUUUGUGCAAGCCACAAAUGAGUGAUCUAUCAGUCUGCUGGAUGGUGGUCUUCAGGAUAAAAAUCCUACUCUUUAACAUUGAAUAGCUGUUCAAAUGCAAGUCAAUCUAAAAAUGGAAGGGGAAAUCCUGAUUUGCUUCCAUAAGCAGAGUUAGAGAGGAAUAGAUCUAUAUUAGAUGUACAUUCCUUCCAAGUAGAGAUCCUCUAAACAUUGGUCAUUUAGGGGUCCUGUGUAACUGAGAAGGAAGUCCUGCAAAGUUAAGUAGUCUUUAUGCUCAAGUAAAUGUAUAUAAAAUCAAGUGUUCAAAAUUUGCCAGGCGCAUUUUGCACAUGGGUAUAGGCCAUUUGUGACCAAGUGAAGAUGCCCAGGAGCAAGGAUGGUCCACCACUUGGAGGUGCAUGCCUGGGGAUCCUUGGAUCUUGACUGUUUUCACACACUAGGAACACAUCCUGUAGAAUUCUGUUAUAUUUUUGCACAAUCAGAAUGAAUUUCAGGAACCAAAAAGUCAUAUUGAAAAAUUCAACUUUUGAGCUGUCUGGCCCCAAAAUGGCAACUAGGUAUUCUGUUUUGGCAAGUAACCCUGGUUUAGGGAGCAAUUUGGCACCUAGCUUAUAUAUCUGAGUGUCUAACACUGAUAAAAUUGUAGCCUUCAGCUGCAUCCACAUCAUACAUCGAAAACACAUGGCUUUCCACUAAAAGCCUGGAAACUCUAGUUUACCACUCACAGAGCUACAAUUUGUAGUACUCUUUACAAACAACAGAUCCCAGGAUUCUUUGGGGGAAGCCAUGUGCUUUAAGGUGUGGGUGUGACUUUACUAACAUUUCCCUUUCCCUACAGACCAAAAAUGUACCCUUAGUGUGCUCAGAAGCAGAACUACCUAUCUAGAUAACUCAUUUGAUUAGUAAACACAGGUGUAGACAGAGUGUACAUGGCUUUUAAAGAAAAUUGAGAGAUUAGCUUUUUGUGCUUUCCUGUUAAGGAAAACAUUGUAAAGAAAAGUUAUUUUAAAAAAUCCAAUUCUUGUUCCAUUUGCCAUGUUUGAUGCUUGUACUGAUGCACUUCACAUGCUGUGGAAAAAGGAUACAAAACAGUGGAAAAGUGACUGGUAAUGUUGUCUUUCCUAUUGUCCUUGCCAUUGGCAACAUACUUUCAGAAUAUUGUUUUGUUUUUGAAUUAGUUUCUGAAUAUCUUGGUACAUUUUUAAUUAUCAUAUCCUUUAGUUGUACAAAGGUAUUCCAGCUGUUCCAAAAGCAGCAGGGUGCUUGGCAGGCCUUGGGCUUUAAUAUUCUCCACUGCUUGGUAGCCUUUUUGUAAACUUCAGAUUAAUAGUAGUUUGCUUAAAAUAAAAAAGCCUUUGCUAUCCAUAUUGAGUUGUUGUUUUAAAAACUACAAAAUUUAUGACACAUUGAAUGAUAUUGAAUGUCUCCAUUUGUACGGCACAUAUUUUUUUAAACUAAAUGGCAUGUUGCUCCUACAGAUAAUAUAAUGUUAACUAGAAAACAGAGACUUAGAAGAAAUGUAUCUUGGCUUUUGGAAGGAGGAGGAAUAAUUGGGCUAUGCAGAUUUGGCACUCACUGAAACUUACAACAAUGUCCUCCUUAACUUUGGUGGUGGAGAAUUGAGGGCAUAGACCCCAGGGUCUAAUCUGGUAAAGGCAAAUGCCCGUUGAGGACAUUCUGUAAAAUUAGCGGUCACGGUGAGCUCAAUGAAACUAUUCAGUCUGUUUUCACUAGAGCACAUCAGAUCCUGCUAUGCACCUGUGCCGGAACACUUGCAAAACUUGGCAUGUGUAAAUAAUUCUCUUGUAGAUCUAAUGAGUCUCUAGUCUUAAAUUGAGUUUAAAAAGAAUACUGAGAUUGCAGGUUAGAUUCACACAUAAUACACACACACCAUUAUAAGUGUGAUAAGUCUUUUCACUCUCUGUAAAGGAAAUGUUCCUAUGUUGCUGGAUGGUGCUAGUGCUCACAUUCAGGAUCUAAUUGGCUAUAAUGUUUGAGGUGCCAAGAAACUUAUCUGCUAACCAGGUCUGUUCCUGGACUUGGAAAUGUUGAGUGAUGAUGCACAUUUUGUAUGUUUGGGCUAUGUUUCCAUGUUUUGCUCAACUUGCUUAUUGCACGACUUGUGACCUUCCAGACCAAAAGCUUAUUAAGAGCUUGAUGAACUCUUUAAAAAAGUUUUAUCAAGGUUUACAAAUUGUGAAACAUAAUCCCAUUUUGUUUUUGAAGAAGCAGCAUGCAACAAUAUAUUAAGCAGUUAAAGUGGAACAAAUACUAAACAAUAAAGUUGCAGAGCUUUCAUAGACUAAGAAUAUUUUAAUUGCCAGAAAAAGCAGUUAAUAGAUUCUGGCAACCAAGUACUGCUGCUCUAUAAAUAUGUGUGCAUCCAGAUUUAAUACCUUUCAGGGGAACAAAAAGGGAUAUCUAGCCAGCUUCUAGGGCAGGACAAAGAGGGGCUAUUAACUUCCACAUCUUGAACCUAUGUAAUACAGAUCAGACUCUUCAUCAGCUUGAGAGUAGGUUGCCUGUAGAAGAUAUAAUUCUAGAUUUGGACUGCACUAAAGUUCUUUUUUGACUUAAGAAAGUUCCUUUGGUAAGACUUUGGCUGAAAAAUUGCAAGUCACAAAUCCAUUGAGCUAUCUACUACCUGCCCUUGGAAUUGUGUGUGCAAGUGUGUGCAAAUACUUCAGGAAGAGUACAUCAAUAGGAUAUGUACUUUUUCUAGAAAAAUGCAAAUAAUGGCGUAUUUUUAAGUGAAGUUGCACUAUAUAAGUAUUUAAUAUCAGCAGUGUGCAACAAAUACAAUAAAAACCAUAUAAAACAAAAAUCACGGAUUAACUGUAGCAGAAAUAUUUUUUUCUUUGGCAGCAUAGAGAAUUUUUCAGCAAAUGCUUAAAAAUGAAUACAGAAGAGGCCUGCUAAAUCUCUAUUGGCAGAGUAUUCCACAAUAUUAGACCAAUAACACUGAAAGCUCUGUUUCAUGUUGUCAUCAGAUGAGUCUCAACAACUCAAGGGACAACCAGCAACACUCCUAUAGAUGCUCUCAGUAAUUGAACUAGGAUAUUAGGGUUCAGCUGGUCCCUAAUGUACUCUGUACUUAUGUUGCUUAUUAAUUAAUACAAGAAUCUUAAACCUAGCUUGGCAGCAGAUCAGCCAGUUCAGAUGUUUUAACAUUGGAGUUGCGUGUUGUUGGCUAACUGAUCCUAUCAAUAGCCUAGCAGCCACAUUCUGCACAGCCUGGAGGUUCCAGACCAGUCUCAAGCGCAAACACACAUAGAGUGCAUUACAUUAGUUCAGUUUUGAGAUUAUCAGCAGCAUGUGGUCUACAGUGGUCAUACUAUCCCUGUCCAGGAAUGGUCAUAACUAGUGAACAGACAAAGCUGGUAGAAGGCACUCCUAGCCACAGUAGUACACUUAAUACUGUAUCACAGACCAGCAGCAGCCUGGUAACUAGUUCUGUGUCAUACCUAGAUCUACUAGUAGGGAUGUAUGAAUAUGCCUUAAUCCAUUCCAGUACUCAUUCAUGCAUUCAUCAGCUGUUCUUUGUUGUGUGGGACGUGGGUGGUGCUGUGGUCUAAACCACUUAUCCUCUUCUGCAGGGGUCUUCAAACUUUUUAAACGGGGCUGGUUCACUGUCCCUCAGACACUGUUGGGGGCCAGACUAUACUGUAGUUGGAAAAAAAAUAUGAACAAAUUCCUAUAGCACACUGUACAUAUUUUGUUUGUAGUGCACAAAAACAGGAAAAACAUUACAAUAUUUAAAAUGAAGAACAAUUUUACUCAACAUAAACUUAUAAGUAUUUCAAUAGGAAGUAUGGGCCUGAUGUUGGCUAAUGAGAUGGUCAAUAUCCGGUUCCAUAUUUGUCACUGCUAGUCAUAGCAAGUGAUGCAAGUGUUCACCAGUUAGUCUGGAUCUUGUUGGAGAUUUCAGAUGUUUCAUUCGGGAAAAAGUCUGUUCACAGACAUAGGUGCUUCCAAAGAUGGUUGCAAUUUUGAGUGCAUGGUUCCUGAGGUUAAGAUAUGUCUCAGAGGGGAGAGAUGCAUAGAAAUUAGUGAGGCUGCUUGAUUUGAAUGUGUCUCAUUGCGGGUUGUGGGGAAUAAAUGCGGAGGGUGAAAACCACAGACCUUGAGCUCCUGGGAGAAAAAAUGUGGGAUGGAAAUUCAGUAACUGUUUUGUCCCGCUUCUGGGGUGGCGGGUUGGAUGAACCCAUGCCCAUUUUUUCCCCCAAAGCCUGCGUCCAUGUGGGCUCCUCUUGGAUGACAGGCAGACGUUUACUCGCGAGCAACCUGAUGCCAAAGGGGAUUCCUCGUGAGCAAGCACACCUUGGAUCGCAGCCCAGCCCCCAAGCACUUUUCCCAGGACAAAAACUCCCUAGGAUGAUGGCGGCCAUCUUUUUCCUUGGAUGCGAUCCCCAGCGGCCCCAAGGGGGGCUUCAUUGCAAGUAAGCCCCAGAGCCCUGCGUUCCUUGUGAGUGACCUCCUUCCCCUGCCCUCUGCUCGUAGCUCACCAUCCGUGUGGAGGCUGCCACAGGAGAUAGAGGGCGAGCCCGGCCAGAGGAGGCGGCGGCUGGGGCUGCCGAGCUGGGCUGCAAGGACAACAACGGCCGGGGCUGGAUCAGGCAGCGCGCCACGGCGGCGGACCACAGGGCACAAGCGAACAGCAUGGUGGCUGGGGAUCGAGGGAGGCGGACACACGUGGGGAGGGACAGGCCGGAUGGCAAGGCAGGGCAGGGCCAGGAGGGGAAAAUCCUGACCUGCCUCUUUCCCUCCCGCCUGCUCUGCUUAAAGGCAUCGCGGCACAAGCUCUCCAAAGCGUGUUGAGUCUCCUCCUCAAUGGCUUUGCAGCAGGUUCUGCAGCGGCUGGGUGUGCCAGAUUUAGGACCCUGGCAGGCUGCAUUCGGCCUGCGAACCUUAGUUGAGAACCCCUGCUCUUGGGCUUGCCUAUGGAAGGGUUGGCAAUUCAAAUCCAUGUGAUGUGGUGAACUUCCCUUUCUCUGUCCCAGCUUCUGCCAACCUAGCAGUUCAAAAGCGUAUCAAUGCAAGUAGAUAAAUACGUACCGAUGUGAUGGGACAGUAAACAGCAUUUCCGUGUGCUCUGGCUUCCGUCAUGGUGUUAUGUUGCGCCAGAAGCAGUUUAGUCAUGCUGGUCACAUGAUCCAGAAAGCUGUCUUUGGACAAAUGCCGGCUCUUUCAGCCUGAAAAGCGAGAUGAGCGCCACACCCCAUAGUUGCCUUUGACUGGACUUAGCUGUCCAGGGGUCCUUUAAUUUUUACCUUGCCUUUGUUAUGCUGCAAUUGGUUUAUUUUACACAAGUAUAUUUCAUUUUGUUGUCUGUUGAUGUAGAAGUAUACAUAAUCUUUUAUGUAUAUCACAGAGCUUGAUGGAUGUGCAUUUGUAGAUAUUUACAACUCUUCCCUUCCCUAUGUGUUUGACUUCAAAAUUAAUGACUUUUCAGAGGGGUAUCCCUAUUUAUUAGUUGUAGCAAGAACAAAUUCUUGUGGCAGCUUAAAGACAAGGUGAAUGAAGUAGAUGAUGGGCCAUCACAAAGCCACCUAUUGCUGCAAGCCUACCCGUGUCUACUUGGCAGUAAUUCCAAUUGAAUUCAAUGGGGAUUCCCCCUGGAAAGCGGGGUUGGGCUUGCAGCCUUGCUAACUUGAUUUUACAGUUCGGCAUAAAUUUAGUUCUGGCUCCCCCUCACCCAGACAUCAGGGAGUGAUAGUUUAGUACCCUGUUGAUAUUUUGCUCUUUCUUUUCUAGGUUAUAUGAAUUCCUGUGGGUAUAUUAAACAUUUAACAGGCGCUCCAGUACCAAUGUAAUGCCCCUUUUAUAAACCAUUUUUGUAAUGCAGCUCUUUAUUUCAUAAAUGCACAUUUUAUACAGAAAUUUGUUCUAUGUGUAUCUGCUGAAACCCUGCCUAAACUAAUGUAUGUUUCAGAAUGUUCUCAGUAAGCAUGAUUUUGUUUUACAGCUUGGUAUCCUCAGACUUCAACUGAGGAACAGGCACAAAGUCAACAGUUAACAAAAGAGGUCACUUUUUCAUGUGAAAAUAACAAUAAUGAUUUAUUCCUUCUAUCGGUCUUUGAAAUUCACAGUAGGAAGCAGAUUAAGGCUGCAAUCAUAGCUCCACUUAGCAGAGGAAGAGCUCCAUUGAAUUGAAUGGGAUUUACUUAUGAGUAGACAUGAUUUAAAGAAUGCAGCUUCCACACAGUCAAUGAAUAAUAUUUUAGAAAAAAAGUGAAGCAACGAGGCCACUGUCAGGAUAGCAGUAUUUCUAUGCCAAUGAAUAUGUAAACAAUGUGUAUUUACAUACAAUGUGCACAUAUUUUUUUAAAAAGUUGUUGUAGGAGAACUAAAGUGAUGAGAAAUCAUAGCAAAUGUCCUUCCAUCUUUUCUCUCUCUCCCCCAUCUUACUUUGUUUCUUGCUGUAACUUUGCAAGUCAAAAUGGUAUUUAAAAAACCCCCUGUGGUUAUAAAAAGAGGUGGGAAACCAUCUUAAUUGUUGUUCUUGCUCUAGUUUCCCCAUCUUUUCCCUCCUCCCAAAUCAGUAUCAGUAAGGGACGCGGGUGGUGCUGUGGUCUAAACCACUGAGCCUUUUGGGCUUGCCGAUCAGAAGGUCGGCGGUUUGAAUCCCCAUGAUGGGGUGAGCUCCUGUUGCUAAAUCCCAGCUCCUGUCAACCUAGCAGUUCGAAAGCACACCAAAAAGUGCAAGUAGAUAAAUAGGUACCGCUCCGGCGGGAAGGUAAACGGCGUUUCCGUGUGCUGCUCUGGUUUUGCCAGUAGUGGCUUAGUCAUGUUGGCCACAUGACCCGGAAAAACUGUCUGCAGACAAACACCAGCUCCCUUGGCCUGUAAAGUGAGAUGAGCGCCGCAACUCCAGAGUCGUCUGCGACUGAACUUAACUGUCAGGGGUCCUUUACCUUUACCUUUUUAAGGUUGUGUGUGCUACCUGUGUGUCUUACACAUUCAGUGUUCGGCAUAGGCAAUGACGUAUUGAAGCUGUUGACAUUUAUUUUAACGAACCUUAGUAGUACUAGUGAUUAGUAAACUUGAUUCUUGGCUACCGAUGAAAGUUUACAAUUUGUGGGAAAUGUGUUUGUUACAUAAGAUAUACUUUGGAACCAGGUAUAGAUCCAUUACUAUUGACUCUCAUCUGUAAUCCUGCAGAUUACCAUCUUCUAAAGUUAAGGGUGAUAUCUAAUGCUAAGUCAGUUAAAUUAUUUGAUUUCAGUGGGUCAGUGAGUAACAUUGGUUAUCCCCUAUGAUUAAUAUCCUUUACUUCCUCUAGGCUUUGCUAGAAAAUUCUGGUAUUUACAGAUAAGGAUAAUUGAAAAGGAGUAAAUUACGCAGAAAAAGCAAUUAUUUUGACUGCAGAAUUUGAGUUCCCUUAGACCAUGAGUAUUGUAGUAGCUGUAAUAACUUACUGGAACAGUCUGCUUGCUGAAUAAACUUCCUAUUGUGUCUCUACAGUGAAGCAUGCGAGACCUAA